GUUGCAAGUGAGAAACUCUCUUCCGGUUGAACUUUAGUUCAAGAUUUUCUCGCUAUGGCUGCAGAAAAGCUGAGCAUGAACAAAGAGCUGCGUGAAGAUGAAGCCCUGCAGAAGAAGUUGGAGGAGGAGACUGCAGAUAGGACUUGGAAGAAGCUGGAACAAGAGAGAGACGAGGCAAUGGAGAAACUCACUGAGUUCCAGCUGGUGUCUCGGAUGGUCAUUGAAGAAGUCAGUGCAAUUCAGGAGGAUCUGGAGAUAGAGAAAAUGUGUAGAGAAAGUGCUGAAGCCCUGGCCUCAAAGUUAAAGCGUGAGAACCACUCUCUAAAGAGGAAGAGCAUGAUGUUGAUAUCGUACCUCAGCCCAGAAACCAUCAAAGAUAUCAACCUGGACGAAGAAGAGCAAACUGUGGAAAAUGAGGAAACACGUGCGGAUAAAAAAGAGGAACAUGAAGCUUUGGACUCUGCUGCCUCAGUUUGCCUCUCCUCCUAUUGCACUUCCUUUAUUUCAGAACUCCAAAAUAAUUUGAAACUGACACUUGAGGAGAAAAAUCAAGUUAUCUCUGAUCUUGAGGUAAUGAGACAGCAACUGAAAAACACAUGUGAUGAACUGAUGAAAGAGAAACACAACAACAAGAUUUUAAUUGCUGAAAAUCUGCAACAAAAGAAGCUCCUGGAGAAGUAUACCAGAGUUUCUCAGUUUGCUGUGGCUGAAUAUGAAGCUUUGCAAAAUACCUUGGACCUGGAGCAAAACCUGAGGAUGGAGGCAGAAAACAUUGCCAGAGAAAUGCUAGUUGAACAGACACAACUAAAGAGACAGAGUCAGAUCCUGCUGCAGAGCUGCAUGCCCGGUCAAGCUCUGCAGGACAUCCUUAGUCAGGUGGCCAUUCUGACCGAAGAUAUGAAGAAACAAAGGCUGGAGCACCAGAACCAGAUCAAGCAGAUGGAAGAAAAACUAAAGAACUGUGAGGCACAAAAGGAAUUAACAGCAUUAAGGCACAAACUGGAGCUCCUGGAAGAAGAAAAAAAGGAGUGCAGUAUCCGUUGCUUCAAAGCUGAACAAGAAGUCAAAGAUCUGCAGUUUAUAGUUGAGAAACAAAAGAAGCUGCAAGCUGAUGUCAACCCUCCCACAGCACCACCUCCUCCCCCACCGCCCUUGCCUCCUUCAGCCACAGAGCCAGCUUCUAACCCUCUCAGCUCAUUGCUGGCAUUGAUUCGCAAGCGAAGGAACAUCAGUAAAGACAUUCUGUUAGUGGACCAGGACUCAGCCAAGGUUUCAGGAGACAUCCAGCACCAGGCUCUGGAGGAAAUGAUGCAGAGAAUUAAAAAAGGCAUUCAACUUCGACCAGUCAACCAGUCACCAAACAGAGGUGAACAAAAGACCGAGAGGCUUCCCUCUAAUUCUGCCAUUCAGGAACUUAAAGGCAUCAUGGAGAACUUCAACAAAACUCGCCCUCUGCCACAAGCUGGGUCACCUUCACCAAACCAGGAUGAGGAGCUGCAGAGGAUAUUGCUGAGACGGCGAGAUGCCCUCGAGUCCUAACACAAUGCCACAAAUUUCCAUCAUCCUCAUCUUUGACAUUAUGGGAUGCUUCAACCAUUAUUAGUUUUUGGUUAAUCCAGAAGUGUCAUGAUAACUUUCUCACAGUAUCAGUAGGUGAGUCAUGUACUACAGAAUGUUGAUCACUUUAAAAAAAACUGAAUAUCUUAUCUCCUUAGAUCAAAUAAAAAAAUAAAUAAACUGAUUAUU